CUGGUCCCCUGAAGCGGCUGGGGCUGGGCUGCUUCCUCGCAGGACCGAAGGCGGCGGCAGCGGCAGCAGCAGCAGCAGCAGGAGCAGCGCUGGGGGCCUUGCUUUCUUGGCCUCCAUUUUGAAGGCCGGGCCCUUCGUCCUGCGGAGAGCAGCGCCUCGGAUCUGCCAGGGUAUAGUGAGCAACACUGAAGAGAAAACUGAGCUAUGGAAGACAGAAUUCAGAGUCUCUGAAAAUACUGUGAAAUGCUGACUACCAACACUGAGUACAGCCAGCCCCAUGAGAUCAACUACGGAGGUAAAGCCGGAGUAGAGGGGAUGCCACGGACAAGGCCCGCAAAACCCGUUCGAGGCAUAAGGAAGCGUAAAGACUUUGUGGUGUAUCAGGGAACGCAGGCAGAAGAAAAACCUAACAUCUGCAUUGAGUGUGGGAAAACUUUCAGCCAGAACUCCAGCCUGGUCAACCACCGUCGAACGCAUUCUGAGGAGAAACCAUUCACAUGCCCUGAUUGUGGGAAAAGCUUUGGGGUCAGCUCCAGCCUGAACAGACAUCAGAGAAUCCACACAGGAGAGAAGCCCUAUAAAUGCAACGAGUGUGGGAAAAGGUUCAACGACAAAUCCAACUUGACCCAGCACCAGCGGAUCCACACAGGAGAGAAGCCUUACAAGUGCAUCGACUGUGGCAAGUGCUUCAGUCGCAGCUCCCACAAGAAGCAUCACCUGCGUCACCCACUGGGCAAGAAACUGGGCAAGGGGAACCAGGCUGACGGUGCUUGUGCCGCAGCCAGUGGGAAACCCAAACCCAAGCGGAAGAUGGGGAUGUUGAACACCUGCACUGAAUGCUGGCAGAGCUUCAGCCAGAAUGCAGACCUUGUCAAACACAUGCGCAUUCACACUGGAGAGAAACCCUAUCAGUGCAGUGUUUGUGAAAAGUGCUUUAGCGUCAGCUCCAACCUUUUUAGACACCAGAGAAUCCACACUGGGGAGAAGCCUUAUGUAUGCUCUGACUGUGGGAAGAGGUUCACCGACAAAUCCACCUUGGUGCAGCACCAGAGGAUCCACACUGGGGAGAAGCCCUAUGCCUGCAGGUUUUGUGGCAAGAGCUUUAGUCACAGCUCACAUCACAAGAGACAUGAGAAGAUCCACAAGGGAGAGUACCCCUUGUUGACGUACCCAACCUCGCUGAGCUAGCACAGUAGCAUGCGAGGGGAAAGAAAGGUUACACACAUUUUUGAAUCUUUUUUCCAGAAGCAUACACAAGCCAUUCAGAAAGCCUGCAGCAAAAGCUUGAGGAUGGGAGGAAAGAGGUUGGCACUGUCAUGCCUCCAUGUAGUGACAGACCACCAAAGAUCAGUUCAGCAAGUCUUGGAUAAGUUAUCUGUACAGGAGGAGAGCAUCCCAUUCAAAAAGUGAUGUGCUGAGCUCUGCAGCAAAAUGACAGGGGAAAGAUUUCCCAGGAGCACAGGGAAUAGCAUAUUUUAAAGGCUGCCACAUUGAGGAAACUCCUGAAAUAUAAACAACAGCAAUCCAUAAACAAUACUGACCAUAUCAGGAUGGUGGUGUUAGCUAGAACCUUUCUUCUGGCAUGCUAGCUUUCUAUAUACAAGAAGGUAUUUGUUUCUUAAACCAGUUUUCAUAGAGUAGUGUUGCAUAGUGGUUUGAAUGUUGGACUAUGGAGACCAGGGUUCGAUUCCCAACUGGGCUCUAAAACCCACUCGGUGAUCUUGGGCAAGUCACAUACUGUACUCUCAGUCUCAGGAGAAGGCAGUGCCAAACCUCCUCUGAACAGAUCUUGCUAAGAAAACCCCUUUGAGUGGCCAUAGGCUGGAAAUGACUUGCAGGCACACACAGAGAAAGAGUUAUACCUCAGUUAACACAGAAAAGGUGUUCUUGUGCAUUACUUCUUUUAACUGAAAAUUUGUUAAUAGAGGUAGAAAUAACAUGGAAAGAAUGGGGAUAACUUUGUAGACCACACACAUACAAAGAGGAACAGUUCAACAUCUUUCAGCAAACUUUUUUUUUUCAGACUAGCAGAACCAACAUAUGAAAUGAAACAUCAGGUCAAGUAAACCUGGCAUUAGUAAAAACAGCAUUUUGAACUUUCCUGAGGCCACUUGAAAGCUUAUAGCAAAAUGCACUCAGAGUUGUUGUUUUCUACUUUCACCAACUUGAACUUUUCUUAUGAUAGCUUAUUUUGGUGGCUAAACUUAUAAUGCUGCAUUUUAACAGGCUGAGGGUAGCUGUUGAGGUAGACAAGUCUGCUUUCCCCAUUUCUUUCUGUUUCAUUGUUCACUCAUUCUCAGGGAUUUUGGAAGCAACUGCUGUUUAUCUCUUCUGUUGUAAACUGGCACACACAGCUACAGUAGGAUCCCAUUGUUUCCCAGAUCAAAAGUUUCUGCAUUAUUUACUGCAGACAUGUUGCUGCAACCCGAUACUGAAAGUCUGUGUUUCUCCAGCCCUCUGUUGCCAUCCUUCCAGUGCCAAUGUUGCAAAAAAAACCAAAAACAAAACCUCCAGGUAGACAGCAGGCCGGGUGUAAAAAGGCUUUGUAAAAAAAGAAAGCUUGUUUGCCAUAGGCUUUGUUAACUGAGGUAUGCUUGUAUUCAGAAGUCUGGCCCUCUGCCCACACGCUGAAGUGGUCCAGUCCAAGAAAGACCAUUUGACAGAACAUAGAUCAGCCCUUAGGCUCUGUUCACAGAAUCGUAGCGUUGGAAGAGACCACAAGGGCUAUCCAGUCCAAUCUCCUGCCACACAGGAAUACAUAACCAAAACAUCCUGCCUCUUUUUAAAAACUUCCAAAGAAGGAGACUCCACCAGAGACUAUUGUCUUCCUGUUGAGAUUGCUCUGAUGAUGAAUUAUCUGUUAAACUUCCAUGGUGAAUGUCUUUAUUGAAUACCCUUUUCUGCUUUCUUCUAACCUCAAAUAUUUUCUGAUACUUGGGGUGAGUGGGACAACUUUAUUUACAAACUGCACAGUGACUGUGAUCCCACUACAUUAUAAAGCAUUUCCUCAAUAGGCUCAGGAGUCUUGGGUAAUGCUUAUUCUUUCCAAAACGUAAAUUGUUGUGUAGAUCUUUCAUUCCAGUUUUUCAAUGUACUUAUCAAAGUGGGAUAGGGCAGGGGGAUCAGAACUGGUCCCAGUAACAGCACCAGUCGAAGAUGAACUUGCACCUCAUCUUCCGAUGAGAGUUGAAAUAGGACUUUGAAAGCUCUCCAAAAUGAACUGGGCUUGUAUUUAACUAUUGUGAAUAACCAAGAUUGUUAGAUGAAAACAUUGAGUGUAUUGUAUUUACCCUUUCUGUAAGACAUCUUUUACAAAUGUUUCUCAUACAUAGAAUGUCACCUGGGAAGCAGACUUCUUUGCCUCCUACAUAUUGUAGCACUGUAACCUACCAAACAUAGAGUUCUCUUGUUAUAGCACAGAAUAAUAAUAAUAAAAAAAACUGCAUUUUUCCACCUGUAAAACCCAUUCAUGUUCUCAAGCACUAACUAUUCUUGGUUUUCCUAUCUUUUUUCUUUAACAGUAUAGUCGAACAGGUUUGUUUGUUUUGAAUGGACAUGAUGGCAGUGUAUAAAAGGCUGGAUUACCUUUGCUUCUAUCUCUGUAUAUUUGCUUUGCAUGUACUUAACAUAAUGUGCCUCAGAAUAAGAAGAGGAGAAUGCAUGUUCAUAGAUUUAGGCUGUUUUGCACUUCUUCCCUUGGACUGUUUCACGUAAUUGCUUUAUGACAGGCUCCCAGGGCCACUUUGCAGUUGAGAUGCCAGUCUCUUGCAUUUAUAUUUAGGUGCACUGGGGAAGGAGAGAUGAACCCUGAAUGCACAUGGCAUAUCUGUCCUUAUUUGAGCCUGACUGAAGUUCUAACAGUGUUCCAGCAGUGACAACUGUGUGCUUGGUGCAUCAGUUUCCUGGAAUCAUAGAAUUGGAAAAAACCUCAAGUCCAACACCAUCCUGCCAUGCAGGAACACACAAUCAAAGCCCCCUCCCUGCCCCCUGACAGAUGGCAUCUGUGACUUUGUGGAUUUCUGAUUUUGGGUGUGUACUUUAGAGUAAAUUUUCUGCCAACUCCCUUCAGGGCUGCUUUUUCCUUUCAUUCUCUCAACUGUCUUGGCCACACUUGUGCUUCCAACCGGAACCCUGUUGAAUCCCUGACACUGCCAUGAUUUUCCACAGUCAGAUCCUGCUGACAGUAGAUGCUCUCACCUGGGUGCUUGCAAGCCUUAAAUAGGACAUAAGCUGACGCAUCUUUUUUAAAAUUGCGCCCCCCCCCCAACUGAAACCAGUGGGAAUCAUCUUUUACACCUC